UGGAGUGAAUUACGAAAGAUCAGUUACGAAUAGCAGCGAAAGAAAAACUCUUCAAUUCAUUCCAAUCUCUCUCUCUCUCUCUCUCUAUCUCUCUCCCUCCUUAUCAUCUUUUCUCUUCUUCUUCUUCAGUUAUAAUCUCCUCCGAUCCAUGCUACUCCUAAUCCUAAUCCCAUUUUUAUUUUUCUUCUUUGACAAUUCUUCCUCCUUUCUUGCUUCCCCUACCCUACCUAGCUAGCUCUCUCUUUACAAUUCUCUAAUUAUAAUUAUAUUUUUCCGUCUUUAUUUUAGCUGAGAUGAUGGCAAGAUUAUAUAUAUAUGAGACUAGAAACCGCCGUCUUUACAUACAUAUGCAUAAUAAUCUUGUAUCCUAGGAUGUUUUGUUCAUAAAGUUGGGAGCUUUGAACGAUCCAGGUGUUGGAAUUACUGGCAAAGUUUUUCUAGCUUAGUGAUAGAUUGAUCAGCUGUCGGAUCGUAUGUUUCAAUGGUGGAAGAGUUAGAGGAUCAGCUGAGUAUAAAGCUCAAGAAUGUUCCCAGGGAGGAAGAAGAAGAAGAAGAAGAGGGGUAUGGGGUUUUUUUUGGUGAGAGAGAGAAGAAAAAGAAGAUUACUCGGAUCUGCCAUGUCUGUAACAAAGGGUUUAGCUCAGGGAAAGCUUUGGGGGGUCAUAUGAGGAUUCAUGGCCAGCUGUACAAGAAGCGUAAAGAAGAUGCGGCUUUCCAAUUAGAAGAAGAAGAAGAAGAAGAAGAGGAAGAUGAAUAUGAAUAUUGUUAUGAUGACAACGAAGAAGAAGAUGAUGAACGUGUGGAGAAGAAGGGGAGGGAGAGGUUUAUGAAGAAGAUGAAAAUGGUGGUUCCUGUUUGUUUAAUAUGCGGAAAGGAUUUUCAGUCGAUGAAAUCGCUUUAUGGGCACAUGAGAUCUCACCCGAGGGAUUGGAAAGGGAUUCAUCCCCCGGCGGCGGCGGCGGAGAAUCCCGUGGUGGAUUUAAAGAAGGCUUUGAAGUGUCGUUGGUCGGUGACGGCAAAAAGAGGCCGGAAAGUGGUUAGCGGCGGCGGCGGGGAUCAGACUUCCAGCUUGUCGGAGGACACGGAGGAGGAACAGCUGCGGGACGCUGCUCACGAGCUCAUGAUGUUAGCUCACGGCGGCGGGUCGCGCCGUCACGACCAGGAACUCGACAGCAAAUCUCUGUCGUACGAGGUUAUGACUAAGAAUGUACGAGGAAAAGCAAAGGCGCCGGAAAAUCAAGAAUCAAAGAAGAAAUCUAUGAUUUCUGGAUAUAGAGAAACCAGGGCGGAUGAGAAGACGAGGAAAAAGAGGAUGAAGCUGAUAAAGUUGAAAGAUUUGGAGUCUGUUCAUCACAAUGCUACCUCCACUAUUGAUCAUGAUAAUCGGACUCCGGCGGCGGCGGAAAAGUACAAGUGCAGCGAGUGUGACAAAUGGUUCAGAACCCACCAAGCUUUGGGGGGCCAUAAGUCAAGCCACAACAAAUUAUGCAAGAUGGUCAUUCAAAACUCCAUAGAUGACGAUCCCUUAAUGCCAUCAAACCAAGUCACAAAUUCCUCCGGUGAACUCAGCCACCACAACCACCAAAUUCUCGAUUUUGAUCUCAAUGAAGUGCCCGAGACGACGGAGUAGGAAAAUGAAGCCACAGAUUAUGGGUAUGCUUGAAUUUCUUGACUGACUUUAGUGAUGAGGUGAAAAUUUUCCAGUUUUUACUGAACUGACGAUGAGUAGCAGAUUGAAUUUACUGAUGAUGAUGAUGUUAAAUUUUGUGGGGGGAAUUGAAAAUGCAUGUGGUUAGGUUGCAUGUCUAAGGAACCAUCGUGGUUUUGGCUCUUCUCAACUUUUUCUUCUAUUGAUCACAGCUCAAAGCUAGCAGUAAGGGAUUCUUGUCCUUUUGUGCUUCAAUUUCUUCACGGAAACCAUGGUUGUCCAACAAGUUUGCUGUGGGGAAACAACCCAAAAUGCUUUAAUUUUUCUUUUGUUUUUGUCGUCUGCCUUUAAUUUGUACCCAAGGAUUGUGCAUCAUCAUCAUCAUAUCAAAUGUUUUAAUAAUUUUGUCCAUCUUCUAACCA